AUGUCUUCGUUUGUCUUCGUUCCGACGCCGACAUCUCUGCUUGCAAGAGUUGUUGCCUCACGACGUGCUGCCCGAGAAGCGGAACACGAAAUUUUUGGUACAACUAGGCCAAUGGCUCACGCGAAGGAGGUCUCAUCUUCUUUUACAAGACACAGGGCGAACGUGAUGCUGAAGAUAUGGGAGAUCAAUCGCAGCUUGUUAGCUUCUCGGACAUCACAGUCACACCUUUCAUCGAAACUCAAAGUUCCUCGGCAAAGGAGCAAGCUCGGCAGAUCCUUCACUGUCCUGGGUGUUUUCUUGCUGUUACCACACCUAGACAACGUCAUUGACGUCGAGGGCAAGUCGAUCGAGCCAGAUGACUGGUACCAUGAUGCUGGUGGCGCUGCUGUAUCGGGAGCAGCACGAGCUUCCGAUCUAGUGCUACAUCACAACACCUGGACGCAACCGCCUGAUACAGUGCUCCAAAAAUCUUUGAACUUCCUAUUACGGGAGACCAUAUCAUAGGGCUACUUUUUUGCUGACUCUAUUUUGAAAUUGUGACCGUUUAUAAUAUUUCCCUAGGAGUAGAAAUAGAACAGGACAACGGGAUGAACACAUAGUCGGUAUCGCGCUAAUUCAGGAGAAGCGUAGAGGAGCAGUUGAUCAUGUGCUACUUCUACGAUUGCCUCUCGCACAGGUUUUGGGUUGGCCCGAUGAGGCUGCGGGCGAAGCAGGGAUGUGGGUACUGCUCAGUGCCUAGUUCUUGUGAAUGUGUUUAGUCUCGAGUUGAAGGUUUUUAUUUCGCUGAAUCGUAACGACGUGUGGCAGAAAUUUCAGUGAACCAUCAAUGUAGAUCUUGUCCUCGCCUUCUCGAAUUCCCAGGUGAGCCUCUACACUGCUUUGGCGUACCUUGUGCUCGUGAGCGUCUUAACAAUGUUUUAUUUGGCCUCGAAUCAGCAUGCAGAAGACAUGGACUUCUUGCCCAGGGACGGGCUUUCAGAUGAAAUCUACGACUGUUGCGAUCAUCCGAAUGUCUGCCUAGCAAGUUUCGUACUACUUCACUUUUUUCUUCUCUGUGUAAAGUUGCCUAAACUAACAGAGCAUUCUUGGAUCUACAUGUCACUCGUUUUCUUUUUAGCACAGUGUGGAAACGCCGACUACCACUUUAGGCAGGGUGGUGAAGCUCCCGACUUUAAUAAUCUAGUCCUCUUCUCAUCUCGGUAUCACGGAAUUUACAAACUAUGAUCCAUUCUCUCUUCUAGUGUUGUCCGUUCGCGCGAUGGGCCGAUACCAUGGGCCAAGUUGGUCUCUUACACUUCUCAGUCGGCCUUUCGUUAUGGGUAGCACUAUAUAGAUGAUUACCAUCGAAAGUUUCUUCUAUUCAGAAUCAGAAGGUUUUCGAUUUUGUUUUUCCCCAGAUAAUCUAUCACGUUGAACAUCAAAGAUUGCCAGUACAACUAACUUCAUCUCCUUUCAUGAGAAAUGUGGAUUGCUGCCACGAUGAUCGACCUUUUCUAUUUCUUCCCGCUGGGACUGAUCAUUCUCUCGGUCGUUGGCGGUAUUCACCGGUUACGCCUACGCAUGGCGCACAAAUUAGGCGGCGGUGGAUGGAGUGGCUUCCGUUUGACAAGGCAGUUGAUCCUCGAUAUCUUUACGUGGUUCUGUUGCAUGCCGUGUGCGAUUGCGCAAGAGGCGAGGCACGUUGAGCGCAGUAAAUCGAUCUCGGAUGCUGUUCAAGCUGGCCCAAGGGCAUAUUUCAAUACCGUCAUUCGGAACGACAUCGCGCCAAAACAGCAGUAGAGCAUGGACAUGGAUAACUCCAAUCUAUGCUGGCCUCUAACAUCAAUCAUACGCGUAUUUUGUGGUGCGCACACAGUUCGCUCAGCGACCCACAGAACGCGGAGCCUACUCGUUUUCGUUUUCCUCAGUCGUGCAUAACAUUAACAGUACGGUCCAGUUGUCGGAGCGGUUUCGAGGCGGGCAUCGUAAGAAGAAAACUUGGGAAGUAUCGGCUUCUUUUCCGCCUGGUAGGUUCGCAACGGCGUGACGCCUGGUGGUUGUGCAUUAUUUCCAUAUUUUUUAUGACGUAUAUAUACAAGUGUCUAGUAUAGGAUCAACGAUCGAUAAAGUUCAGUUUUUUCAUUCCCGUUCAAUGUGUGGAUAUCUAUUUUUGGUAAGACGUUCUCGACUAGAUUUGUUUGUCCGUGCGCCCACCAUGCAUUAAGUACAGUGCGCAGCAUUCGCAGACCAGACGGCAGCGUACUUGGUCUUUAAAAACAAAAUUCCCAAACGCACCCGCACGAUGAUACUUCCCACAUAGAAUUGCAUAUUCACUUUCCUCUUUCGAUAUGAAAGCGUAAGGUAGCACCACGAUUAAUUAUGAUACUAAAAAGUUUACUAGUAGCAGAACUGUUACUCAUGGUUAUACCCGUUAAGGCAUUAUGAAUGCUGCUCAACAUCGAAGAUACUAGGCAGUGUCAUGUAUCAACCAGCUAUCGAAGUAGGUAGUACUUGGGUCAAGUACGCGGGAUUUUUCUGCUUAUUUCGUGACGAGUAUUUGCAUAGAAAAAGGCGAGUCGCAAAAUCACAAUAUGAUCAUACAAGAGGUAGGUUCUGCUUUGAGCGACACUCACAUACAUAAUUGUUGGACAGACACACUACCAGAACAGGAUGGGAAAAUAUCAUAGUACUUGUAGGGCGAACAGAGGAAUGGAAAUACAAAUACGCUGCCUGACUGAUAUUUUCGAAGUUGUAGCAGGAAGGCCAGCAAUGGAUAAAAAAGCCAGGGGGCAAAGAUUUCACGAGGUUUUCUCAAUCUGGGUGUUUUCCACCUUGUUGUUGCAAACGUUCACUGUCAAUAUGGAGAAGCUCAAGCUUCAUAGCUCCAACUCCCUAGUUGUUUC